AUGGGAAGCCGCUCCUUAAAUAUUAUGUGCUAUGCAGACUACGCCUUUCUAACAGCUGAAAGUGAAGAUGAUCUUCAACGUCUUGUAUACGAGUUCAAAAAAGCUGCAGAAGAACUGAAUAUGAUCGUCUCCUGUGAGAAAUCCAUGACCAUGGUUGUUGCCAAAGAGCUCAUCCGAUGUAAGAUAGUAAUUAACGGAAAAAUCUUAGAGCAAGUGUCAAGAUUUAACUAUCUAGGAGUGACAGUAUCCAGUGAACGAUGCGUCGUAGAAGAAGUCCGAACACAGGCGCACAAAGCAGCUAAGAUUGGAGGCUGCCUUGGAGAUAUAGUCUGGACCAUGAGUCACAAAGCAAAAACUCGCAUAUAUAAAGCGUGUGUGAGACCAUUGCUCACAUACACCGCCGAAACGAGGGCAGAAACGUCGACAAUAAAGAGAAUAGCGAGAACAACUGAAAUGAGGAUAUUAAGAUCUAUCAAAGGGGAAACACUCAGAGACCAUGUGAGGAGUUCAGACAUAAGGGAGGAACUGGAGGUGCAGGAUGUCGUAAGAUCAGUGAGAGCUCGCAGGAGGUUCUGGGGAGACCACGUGGCAAGUAUGCAGGAUGAAAGACUGGCCAAAUGGGCGGAAUCACAAAAGCCUAGCACACACAGACCAUUGGGGCGCCCUCCAAAGCGUUGGAAAGAGAGCUGGAACUCGAUGUCCCAGGAAUUCUGCCAAUAA